AUGUCUUUCCAGAACUUUGAAUCUUUCCAAAACCAGCACCCUGCUGCUGAUGCUGCUGCUGCCGCUCCCGGUGCUCCCGCUACCGCGGACACCACCAUGACCGGCCAGGCUGAUCCUAGCACUGCUGCUUUCCAGGGACCUGCUCCCGGUGAGCCCAAUGCCGCUCCUGUUCCCCAGCAGGCUAAUGAGGGCAAGACUACCCUCUGGAUGGGCGAACUUGAGCCCUGGAUCGAUGAGAACUUCGUUCGCAACUUGUGGUUCCAGAUGGGUGAGCAGGUCAACGUUAAGAUGAUCCGUGACAAGUUCUCUGGGAGCAACGCUGGAUACUGCUUCGUCGAUUUCGCCUCCCCCGCUGCUGCUGCCAAGGCUCUGUCCCUCAACGGCACCCCCAUGCCCAACACCAACCGCCUGUUCAAGCUUAACUGGGCCACCGGUGGUGGUCUCGCUGAUCGCAGCCGUGAUGACCGUGGUCCCGAAUACUCUAUUUUCGUCGGUGACCUUGGCCCCGAGGUCAACGAAUACGUGCUCGUCUCCCUCUUCCAGAGCCGCUUCCCGUCUUGCAAGUCGGCUAAGAUUAUGACCGAUCCCAUCAGCGGCAUGUCCCGCGGUUAUGGCUUCGUCCGCUUCUCCGACGAGAACGACCAGCAGCGUGCCCUGAGCGAGAUGCAGGGUGUUUACUGUGGUAACCGCCCCAUGCGCAUCUCCACCGCUACUCCCAAGAACAAGGGACCCGGCGUUGUUCCUGGUGCCAUGGGUAUGCCCGCCGGGCCGGGCAUGUACCCUCCCAUGGGUGCUCCCCCUAUGGGCUUCUACGGCGCUCCCCAGCCCAUGAACCAGUUCACCGACCCUAACAACACCACUGUUUUCGUCGGUGGUCUGUCUGGCUAUGUCACUGAGGAUGAGCUCCGCUCCUUCUUCCAGGGCUUCGGCGAGAUUACCUACGUCAAGAUCCCCCCUGGAAAGGGUUGCGGCUUUGUCCAGUUCGUUCAGCGUCACGCCGCUGAGAUGGCCAUCAACCAGAUGCAGGGUUACCCCAUUGGUAACUCCCGUGUUCGCUUGAGCUGGGGUCGCUCCCAGAACAACUCUGGCCCUGCUGGCAGCCCCUACCGUCCUGCUCCCCCUCCGCCUCCCAUGUACCCUUCGAUGGGCAUGCCCCCCGCACACCAGUACGGCGGCUUUGCUCCUAUGAAGGUUAGUUCCCCCCAGUGA